AUGCGAUCAUUGGGAGCUGUGGCUGCUGCGCUGCACGCAUCUCUGCUGGUGCUGCUAGCCCAGGGGAUGCACAGAUCCAGGGAUGGAGUUUACAAGGCGCAGGAGCGGUUUUCCCUCAUGGAGCGAUCGGCCGGGUACCACCUGCCUACCUACAUGAUGCAUCUCUACAGGAAUUUCAAGUACAACUUUUCCAGGCCUUUGGAUACUAUGGAGCAGGAUGCCGCAAAGCAAGCAGACACUGUGAAGAGUGUGAUGGCCAAAAGUUUGACGUACAGACAGAGGCGCUGGAUUGCGACCUUUGACCUCCACGCCCUGCUGGCUGACAAACAGAUCCAGGCGGCAGAGCUGAGGAUCAGGCUCCCUCGGACACAGAGUGCUUCCAACAUCACCGUGGAGGUCUAUCACCAGCACGGCCAGGCAUGCCAUGUGCAUAAGAGCUGCCAGGAGCAGCAGCUGGUGGGGCUGCUCACUGACUCAUCGCUGGUCACAUCAUCACAGAACUGGAAAGUGUUCAACAUGACAAAACCUCUCUCGAGCUGGCUCAGACAAAAAUCGGUGACGGCCAGAAUUCGAUACAAAAGAGUGUCGAGAAGACGAGGGGCGGUAAAGACAAAGAGUGGCCUGUCGCUUCCCGAUCAGCCUGUACACGUAGUGAGCCCGAGAGGAGAGCAGGACAUGAGGGACCGGGCCUUGUUGGUCAUCUUCUCACAAACUGGCUCCGAUGAGAACUCAAAGGUCAAAGCAAGCUUACUCCACACAGCUGAACAAUCCAAGUUCUUGUCCCCUGCUGAAAUCAAAAAGGCCCGCUGGCCGAAGAGGCGCAGGAGCAAACGGGGCCAGAAAGAACAAACUGUGAGAAGCCCGCAGGCGUCCAAAAAAGGGAAUGAAAAAUCUCUCUGUCGCAGAGUCGACUUGCAGGUAGACUUUAAUCAAAUUGGCUGGGGGUCCUGGAUCAUCUUCCCUAAAAAAUAUAACGCUUUCCGCUGCGAGGGCUCCUGCCCCAGUCCCCUGGGAGAAGACCUGAAUCCAACAAAUCAUGCUUACAUGCAGAGUUUACUGAAACAUUUCCACCCAGACAGAGUGGCGGCGCCCUGCUGUGCCCCGACCAAAAUGAGCCCGUUAAGCAUGCUGUACUACGAAAACGGAGAGAUGCUCCUUCGACAUCACGAAGACAUGAUUGUGGAUGAAUGUGGCUGCCAGUGACAGCUGCGACCACCUCCAACCAUGACCUGUGCUGCUGAGCGGUGUUAACAGCAUUAAAAAAAAAAAUGCUGUACAGAAAAAACAAGACACUUAACCAGACGGAAAAAAGCUCUUUGAUAUUUGUCACUGUGCACUGUGAGAUUGUAGCUGAUCGAUGUGCAGAGAUAGGAUUUUAAUUUGUGAUGUGAGCUCUGGUUUGUAAGGAGAACAUUGUUAUUUUAAGAUGUGCUGAAAUACAAACUCAACAAUAGCAUCCAGCCGUCCAGCUGUGUGCAGAUGUUACAAUGUGAUGUACAACUUUAUUUCCCUUAUUAAUUUCAUCAAUGUAAACAUGAAAUGGCAAUGUUGUUGAAUA